GUGCAUUGCUGCUUAGCAACAACAAGCUUAUAUUGAUAAACUAUUCAUGUAAACAUUGCUUUAAGCGUACAGGUUUUUAUAUAUCAAGUGAAUAUAUGCAGCUUUUAUAGGAGAUUCUAACUAUACUUCUACAAAAUGGCGUAUACAUUUGAACAUAUAAAUAGAAGAAAGGCUACACAUAUAAAUGCUGAUAGAAGGAAUCUUCUAGAGGGUCCAUUUAGGUCCUACCCAGCCAACAACUAUCUCUCAGGGGAUGGUAAAUCAAUGUUAUGGAGUGGUCAGAAUUACUACACCCCUGGCAACAGGGAGUGGAUCAAGCACCAUGAUGUGAAAGCCCUACCAGAGAUAAGGAAGGUGGAUAUGAAGGAUUUCCAGUCUGAGGAUAAGUGGAGAAAAUGGCAGAGUGAACGUGAUGCUGUUGGGUCGAUACAUGGCCCUACAUGUGCUUCUUCUGGUUUCAAAGUGUCAAGUAACCUACAUGACUCCCCAGGUGUUAAGCUGUCAGGCUAUGCCUUUAACCCUUACAACAUGUGGCGCACUGGUAAUAAUGCUCGUACCAUGUACAACUCCCACGAGCCCUGGCCAACCAAUGAGGCCCGUAGAGUACCACAAUGGAGGGGUCCGAGAGGGUAUUAUGGGUAUUAUCAUGAAGAACUAGAUGAGCAUCACAAUGGAGGUUAUAGAUAUCCCAGAGAUCCUAAGACCCUGUAUAAUGAUGAAGACUUGAUUAAAUAUGAAUACCAGAGGACUUUCCCAUCAGUCCAGGCUCAUUGGAAGGAGAGAAUCUUACAGUAAACAAUAGAUAUAUAGCCCCAUAUCUCCCUUCCAGAGGAGAUACCUACUUAUAGGGAAGGCAACAAACAAUGAGGCUUUUCCCUUGUGGGAGCUAUAGGUUGACUCCUUUGGUCUGACCCUUAAUAAACAUUUUCUUAAAACACCAUUUUCCUGAAAAUAUACUGCCUAAGCCCCAAAUAUUACUCAUGAUAAUUCAGUACAUUGUACACUAUGUACAAUUUAUUUACAAUAUAAGUGCCAUUUAUGUACAGUAUUCACGUUAUAACUUUAAUGGAGGGUAAAGACUUCAGAAAAUUGGUUUCUCUUCCCUCCAAAUGUUUGACAAUAGGGGUCUCCUUUUGAAACCAGAUGUUUUAUGUCUGACCUAUGUUUUGUACAAUAGAAUUGAGACUCAAACAUCAAAAUGAUUUAACACAAUAUCCAAGAGGGACUUUCAGUUGCCAGAUCAGAUUGAUUACCCUGUAUAUAAUUGUAUUAUUUUUUUAUACAGGGUGAAAAAUAAUUCAUAUUUUGUUAAAUUAAAGAUCAUUUUCCAUCUACUGCUCCUGGUUCAAAGCAUUGAAUAAAUUGUGUAAAUAUUUUGAUAUUUUACAGCAUUUAUCAUAUAAAAUAAGAUAGAAAAUUGAAAUGGUGUAAAUACAUGUACAAAAAUUGCCAUAUGAUUUGUUCAGGAAAAUUGUGUUGUGAAAAGUACCCUCAGUUGAAUAUAGAUUUGGUAGAUUUGGAAAAAAUAAUCACUUUCAUACUGUUCAAAGAUAUUAGAGGUACUUUUUAUGAUUUGAAUUUGCAAACAUAUUAUUGCAUUUCGUCAAAUAUGAGAUAAGCUGCACUUUAAGUUAUAAAAACUAAAAUAUACAAGUAUCAAAAUACAUGUGUACAAAUGUAAAUACAUUAAGCCUAUUUAAUUAAAAACAUAAAUACCACAUAUUGAAUCAAAC